GUUGGGCAGUGAUCCGUAUGUUGAUGUAAAUAAAUUGUUAUUUAUAAUACACUAUAAUACAUUCAUUAUUAUUAAUUUUACUAAAUUGGCCAAGGGUCUGAAAAAUAAGAGAAAAAUGUUUCCAGAAUAAAAUAUGGAAUACUCUGAUGUGUCAUCUACAUGUUCUGAUGUUUCUGAGAGUUUUGUAUCAAGCAUAUCUGGAUGCAGUGGAUAUCUGAAUGAAUUUAAAGAAUUACAGAAUCUAAUUAAUCCAGAUAAAUACUCACAAUUACCUCAAAGGAACUAUACAGUAUCAAUGAAAACAAAACAACAAAAUGAAUAUGAAGAAAAAAUUGCUCGAUUAAGUAAUGAACUACAGAAUGCUCUUAUAUUAAAUGGGAAAUACAAAAGUCAGCUGACUAAUUUAGAAACAAAAAUUGAGUUAUCUUUUCAUGAAAAAAUUGAAACUCUCAUUAGAAAGAACAAACAACUACAUACACAAUUACAAAACUCAAAUUGUCAAAUAGAAAGACUUAUAAAAAACUUUGGAAAUGGUGACAAAUUAUUAGCAACUUGUACAAAUUGUUUACAAUUAGAAAAAGCCAAUUUUGAAUUAAAUAGAGAAUUGUUGUCCCUGAAAGAACAGUUACAUAAGCUGCAGUCCACAAAUAACAAAUUAUUAUCAGAAAAUAAACAGUAUUGUAUUGAGAUUCAAGAUUUGAAGCCACAAAUUGAAAUUAAAAAUGCUUGUAUAAAUGAUUUAAAACAGAAAAUAACAAAUCAACAUGUCGAAAUCCAAUCAUGUCUUAAGAAUUCAGAUAGUUUAUCUAGCAAUGUUAAAAAUUUAAAAAAUGAGCUGGAACAUAUACGAAAGUCUGAAGAAUGGUAUAAACAACAGCUACAUUUAUGUCAGAAUGAUAAAAAGAUCAUGGCAGAAGAUAUAUUAAAAUACAAAACUAAUUUAUCUUCAAAGUCUCAAGAAUGUGAGUACAAUAAAAUUGAAUUAAAAAAAUGGAGGGACAAAUAUGAAAAUUUGGAAUUAGAAUGUUCAAAGGAUGCUGGGAUUGUUUCUAGAUUUAUAGAUGUAAGAGUGGGACAGGAAAAUAAUAAAUUUUGGGAAUUACCAAUUCAAAAUGAAACUGAUAGUAACAAAACUCUAGCAAAAUAUUAUGAAGGUAUAAUUCAAGACUUGUCUAAGGAUAUAAGCAUGGUUAAGAAAUCAAUAAGUGAGAAAGAUGAUAAUUAUAAUAAAAUUUCUAAAGAAAAUUCAGAAUUAAUGUCUCAGUGUUUAAUGUUGCAAAAAAACUUGGAGUUGUCAGAACUUAAGUUAGAAGAUAGUGAUAAUCUUAGAAAAAUUCUCCUACAUAAAGUGUCUUUGUUAACUGAUUCUUUAAAUAUUAAAUCCUCAGAAGCAGAGAAUGUUCUUAAUGAACUGCAGAAUAUUAAAAUUGAGGUGACAGCAAGAAAUCAAGAAAAGGAAAUGGUUGAACAUACUGUAGAAACAAUUCGAAAGCAAUUUUCAUUGAUGAAAAUAAAUUAUGCAACUCUUAAAAAACAACUGCAUGAUAAAAACAAAGAAGUGUUACAAUUACAAAAAGAAAAGCAAGAAUUGUUUAUGAAUAAUAAUUGGAACUUAUGUGAAUUAGAAAAAGUAAAGGAACAGCUUUUAUUAAUUAAGAAAUUACAGGAUAUUAUUGAAAAAAAUGAGAAAAAUAUGGAAAGUAUGCAAAAAACUAUUUCAGAACAAGUAUCAAAAAUAGAAGCUUUAAAAAUGGACCAUGAAAAAAGGGAAGAAUCAUUAAUAAAUGAAAAUUUAAAAGAUAAAAAUAAAUUAUUGAAAGAACUUGAGGUAUAUGACACAAUGUUAGUGCAAUAUAAGUCACUUAUAGAGAAAAGUGAUAUGAAAACAAGUAAUUUACAACAAAAGCUCACUGAAAAUAAUUUGCUCAUUGAACAACUGAAAUAUAACCUAGAAAUUUUUAAAAACCACAUCCAUGAAAAAGAUUUGGAGUUAAUGUCCACUAGAGAAAAAUGUGAUUCUUUAUCAAGAGAGAUACAAAGUCUUGAAAAUGUCAUAAUAAAACUUAGGGCAGAAAUUAAAUUACUUCAAACAAGAGGUGACCACAAUAUAUGUGAAACUUUUAAUACUAGUAAUUCUACAGAUGUACAAGGGAUAAAGAAUAUAAAUAAUUGGGAAAUAUCAGAAAUGAAACCAUCUGCCAUAGUUGAUGAAAAUAAUCUCUUGGAAACUCAAAAUUAUAUUUCAUGUAAUCCAGUGGAAGAAAAAUGUUACAUGCCCUCUUUAAAAUGUCAGAAAUGUAUAAAUGCAGAUAGUCAAAUUGAUAAUAAAAUUUGUAGCAAUGAGGAAAUUAAAAAUUUUAAAGCUCUUUUAACUUUAAAAGAGUUAGAGAAAAAAGAAAGACAAAAAAAAUAUGAAUCAAAUUAUCGAGUCCUAUUGAAAAAGGUAAAAGAACAUAUGAAGGGGAGAAGCACAGCAGAAAAACAAAAUUCACAAAUUCAAAGCAUGUACAAUGCUCUUUUUGAUGAAUGCAAUACUCUGAAGUUACAACUUAGUUCCAAGGAAAUGGAAUGUAGUGACAUCAAAAUAAUGAUGGAAAGCUAUGUUAACAUUAAUAACAAAUUAAAGGAGAGAGUAUCAGUUUUGGAGGAGGGAUUGGAAUUAAGUAAAAAUUGCAUAAAGUGUCAUGAAUAUGAAAUUGUGUCAAAAAGAUUGUGUGAAAUGGAAAAGAAUGCAAAUACUUUACAAGAACAAAUAUCUACCUAUAAAGAUACAUGCAACAAUUUACAACAACAGAUACAAGAAUUAUUAAAAUUGAAAGAAGAAUAUGAAUCUAAAACAAGUAUGGAUGAGAAAACAGUAGCCAAUAUUGUUCAUAAGAAUAUUGAGUUAUCUAGUAGAUUGGAAGAUGUUCUAGAACAAUUAGAUAGAGAAAUAAAUCAUGUUGAAACUUAUAAGGUACAACAAAGAGAAUUCCAUCACCAACUGAUGGAUAGUAAAAACGAAAAUGAACAAUUAAAAUUAGCUGUACUUGAUAUUAAGGAAAAAUACGUCUUUUUAGAAAAGGAAAAUAAGAUUUUGAGCUGUAAGCUUCAUAGCCAAUGUGAAGAUUUAAAGCAGCUUGAGCAGUCCAAAAAAAUUUAUGAAUCUGAUUAUUCAAAAAGAGAGGAGGAGUCUUCAAAUAUGAUUAAAAAUUUAAAAGCCCAUUUGAAAAGUGUGCUUUUAAAACUUGAUGCACACAAAACAGAACAAUUUUUCCUUCAAAGAUUAUGUAAUGAUUUAAAAAUUGCCCUUCAAGCAAAUAUUAAUAAAAAUGCACAAUUUAAAUCACAUGUUACCCAAUUAUUAAAAGAAAAACCUGCAUUCAGUAGUCUUCCUGUGACUCUACCAGAUUUACCAAAAUUGGAAAGGUAUAAUGACAAAUAUAUUAAUGAGUUACUUCAACAGAAUAAAGUGUCACUGGAAGAUAAACCCCUAAGUGAAAUUAAGGGCUGCCUAGACUCUCUUAAAAAUGAAAUAGAUACUCUACAACAACAGGUAUCAAAUAUGACUUUGAAUACAUGAUUAUAAAAUUUAUACAGUUAGGUUUCAAACAGGGCUAAUAUGUAUAUUUUUAUAAACAUUAUGUACCUAGAUAUACAUUGUUUUUUCCACAAAUGUUAUUUGUUAAGUUUUUAUAGUAUAUAGUAUAUUGUUUCCGGCUUAAAUAUUUAUAUUUACUUAAAAAAUUGUGUACUUAACUGUUAAAAUAAGAAUAUCUGGAUGCUUUAACUUGUAUUAGUGAUUUUACUAAUUACAAUAUGUAUUAUUUGCUUUAAUCAUUCCAAUUUACCUGUGAUUUUAUUUAAAAAUAAAGUGUUUUCUUUAAAUA